GGUUAUAAGCAAGUUCAAAGUGUGCUUGAGAACAGGGCCCAAAUGAUUAAAGGGCCCAAAAUUUUUUAUGUUUUCUUUAUAUAUAGCCCAUAUUUUGUACAGGCCCCAAAGUUUGGUAACAAACCCAAUCACUUAACUGAUUAUAGGCCCAAACCUUUGACUCAAAAUACAAUCGGUGCAGGAAAUCAAAAGUCGCGUACUCGCGUGGAUCUUUGCUUUGCACCAGGCCACCAGGGAUCUGAUCAAAGUCAUCAAAUCAAACGCUGCAGGAUUUCUGAUCAAACUCAUCAAACGCUGCACCAGGCCACCGGACAUCCGCAAUUCCGCAUUCCGCAGAUUCGCGAAUCGCGAUUCAGGAGAGGUUAAUUAAAGUGCGAGAGGUAAAAUAUGCAGAUGAAGAUUUAUGUUACUACAUACUGUAUUAUAUCAUCAAGUGGAAAUUUACAUGUAAAGUUGGAUUAUUUUACAAUAAGGGAUUACUUCAUUUUCCACCAACGGUCUACUAUCCUAAUUCUUUUUGCUUGGGGAAAACAAUAAUUAUAACCUCCAAAUGUCAUUUGAAGAAAUUAAGUUGGCCACCCAAAACUUCAGUCGUGAGAAUCUUAUUGGAGGGGGCGGAUUUGGGAAGGUAUUUAAGGGAGAAAUUACACAUGGCAACGAAAGUACUACGAUCAUUGCAAAGCGUUUGGAUAGGAGUCAAGGUCAGGGAGAGCAUCAUUUUUUGAUGGAACUUGAAAUUCUUUUUGAGUACAAACACGAGAAUAUCAUUGGUCUUGUAGGCUAUUGUAACGAAAACGAUGAAAAAAUAAUUGUUUAUGAGCAUGCGUCUAAUAGAAGUCUCGAUAGGUGUUUGAACGAUGUUAACCUUACAUGGACUAAACGACUUAAUAUAUGUAUUGAUAUUGCGCACGGUCUGGCUUUUCUUCAUGGAGGUGCUUCAACAAAAGAGAUGGUGAUACAUAGAGACAUUAAAAGUGCCAAUAUUCUGCUAAAUGGUGAUUGGAAGGCCAAAAUUUCUGAUUUUGGGUUAUCUGCAAUAACAGCAAUUAAUCAGGAAGUAAUCAGCAAGCUUGUAGGCACAAUUAGCUAUGUUGACCCACAAUAUGAGUAUACAGGUUUCUUCACUGAAAAAUCAGACAUUUACUCAUUGGGAGUUGUUUUAUUCGAGAUCUUGUAUGGGCGAUUGUUAGUACCUGAGACAAAGGAUUAUGAUCAACAACAUGUAACUAGGAUUCUUAAGCAAAUCCUUGAAGAAGAAAAACUCGGAUCAAUUGUGUUUGAGGGCAUAAAAGAACAAAUUGACCCGGAAUCGUUGUCUACAUUUCGAGUGAUUGUCAGCGAAUGCUUAUAUAAUGAUAGAAAGGAAAGACCAACAGCAGAACACGUGUCGCAACAACUAGAGAAAUCACUGGAAUUCCAAGAAGACUAUGAAAUAUGGGGGCCUAAAUUGCCUGAAGACUAUGAGGAAAUAUUAAAGUUGUCUAAAUCUCCUGGAAUCAGCCACUCUAGUGCAAAGAAAAAGCAUCUUUACAACCUGUUCUCUGAAGGAAUUCUUCUUCAAGAUGGCAAAGUGUGGUUUUGGCUUGGAAGCAAUGGCGAAAGAAAUGAAAUGAUCUCAGCAAGAAAGUUUUCGUAUAGAAACCGAAGUCUACAUAAGUGGUCUGUUGUUUCAGAAUCGAGGUUUAAGAAGGUAGCAGAGAUAUUAGAUAUUUCAAAUUUGAUGAUCAAAAUCAAGACAAGAACUCACUUUUUAUCUCCGGCUACCGUUUAUGGGGUUCAUCUAGUCUUCAAAUUUUGUGAUUUUAAAGGUGUUUCUAAAAACCCAAUGUAUGUUGACCUAAAGUAUAGAAAGGGGAGAAAAACCUUGCAUGCAUAUUUUGCAAAAUGGAGAGACAAUGAGUGGAUGAUGUUACGUGAAGAAUAAUAGUUUAGGGGUAUUUUACUAAUUAUUAGUAGUUUAGGGGUGUCUUAUGUAAGUUUCUAUCUAUUUAUGUGGAUGUUACGUAUGGAAUGAAUCAAGCAGAAUUUGAGUCAAA